AUGUCUUCCAUCAAGCCUCUGGUUUUGCAUGCCCACCACACAGGCCCCAACCCCUUCAAGGUGGCCAUCCUCCUCGAGGCACUCAACAUCCCUUACAAUGUCAAACUCUGGGAAUUCGGCGAGGGCUCUAACGGUCUCAAGGGCCCCAACUUUCUUGCCAUCAACCCCAACGGCCGAGUGCCCGCUCUAGAAGACCCAAACCAAAACGUCACCAGUUGGGAAAGCAUGGCUUGCGUGAACUACGUUCUCCGAGUUUACGACACCGAGAACAAAUUCGGCCCAAGGGAAGAAGCCGGCGAGCAGGGCAGAGUCGACGUCGACAAGUGGGUGAGCUUCUUGAUCAGCACAAUGGGGCCCAUGAUGGGACAGUGCAACUGGUUCCGACACUACCACAACGUCAAGAACGACAACGCGUACGAGAGAUACCAGGCUCAGGCUCUCCGAUGCUUUGGAGUUCUUGAGGGGCAGCUAAAGUCUCACAGCGGAGAUUGGAUUCUUGCAGGCGAGAAGCCCAAUGUUGUUGACUUUCAUUUUGAGCCUUGGGUGCGACAGUAUUCCCAUGCGGGUUUGUCUCUCGACGAAUAUCCCAAGGUCAAGGCUUGGCUGGAUCGAGUUCAGGCGCUGCCAAUUGUGACCCAAGCGUAUGAGAAAGUCAAGGCUGGAGAGGAGGUCCAAUAA